AUGGCCAGCAAUAGGAUUGUCACCUCUACCAUCAUACGUCCAGAGACCGACUCCAGGGACUCACGCAGGAAACGCUCCUUCCCAGAUGCCCCCGAACCAGCUCGCCGUCGCUCUAAUAUCGCCUCCCGCCUCGGCGACCCAUCCUCUUCGACCUUCACAACCACCACCGACUCUGCAGAACUACCACGCCGUCUUAGCACCAGCGGAUCAACAGAACAUGAUAUCACGACUGAGACGCCUGCGACUACAGGGACUCAGGAUCCAACCUCCGACAACACACAUGACUCCACCAUGGAUACCGAUGUCAACUCCGAGGACCGCACAAAGCGUCCUCGGCCCUCGUUGCAACCUGUUGAGGAUGCGAAGCGUGGCCGGCGGAUGAUGGGCAUGAUCCUCGGAACAUUAUCGCAAUUCAAAAAACAGGAGUCUUCAUCUGUGGGCGAAGGCAGGAGCUCCGGGAUGGCCUCGCGCGAGGCACUACAAGAACGCGUGCGGGAGAAAUUGAGACGGGAACAGGCCCUGAAUGAGGAGUUGAGGAGGAAGGAGAGGGAGGAACGGGAGGAGCGGCUUAAGAAACAGCAGCAACAGCAGGCGAUUCGAUCUGUGGGUGGCGCGAGGACGAAUCAGAGGAGAGGAGAUGCUAAGUGGGAGAACGGCUAUAUUUUGACGGACACAAGGCCCCGAUUGCGAUACAUGCCCAAAGUCAUGAACGAUGCUACACGGGAAAAGUUUGCUUCCCAGAAUCGAGGACAACGACAGGGCCAUCCGGGAUCAUCAUCACUACCAGCAACGGAAUCCGCAAUGGAGCCAGCACCAGAAGCAGACAGCACAGGCGUAGUUGUAGAUACAGAAGAUGUCUUCAUGGAUAGCGCAAAGGAUGGGGAAGGCAACAAGGAGGAUGAGAGUCCAGUUUCUUCUGCGAUCGUAAAAUCGUCUCCAACAGAAACGAGAGACAAGAGCUUCAUGGAUGUUGACUUGGCAGACGGAACAGAUACAAAAUCGAAAGUGGAUGUUGCCGAUAAUGCGGAGAAUACGGGCGAUAAGACUAAGAAAGACGACCUGAUCAACAUCAGCCUUGUUUAG